AUCUCAUUCGUCAGAUGAAAAUAGCUCAAGGUCAAGAGGAAUAUCUAAACUGGGACAUUGAAAUCAAUUCUCUCAUUUAGUUUAUUCUUUUUGCGAAUGUAAGAAGUUACUUGAACGGCGAAAUAAACUUUGAGUUAUGGACCAAAGGGCCAUUAAAGGGUUAUGUAGUUCAAUUCACCAGCGUAAUUAAUUGAACGUGCUUUCUGAAGCCGUAUGAAGGAAUUCGGUGUAGAUAUAUAAAGUGAAGUGACGCUUAGGUUAAUAUAAUUGUUUAAAAAGUUGUAUUGAACAAAUUCAACAAAGAAAGACAAUAGUAAAUCAAGAAGAAAAUGGCUUCAGUAAACUCAGAUUUUUCGAAAAAACGUUUGGAGGAAGACGAAGAAACUACCGUUGGGGAAGCACAAGAAAGGAUCCAGUUUGAUAUUGAAGAUCCUUCAAGAAAACGUUCUAAUAAACCUCCUCUUAAUAGACGUUCGUCUAUUUUCCAAAUCAAAGAGAAGAUAGCUCCAGAUAAUGUAUUGCCUGGUGUUUAUAAGACAGUGUCACAUCAAAUCGAUGCUAAUUCUCAAAUUGAUUACUCCCAGUCAAGAAAGCACGAUAACUCAGAACCUCCUUUGGUAGACUAUACUUGGAAUGUCGAACCAAUCGAUCAAAUCGUUGCAACAUUGUCUUCUGAUGCUGCCAAUGGUUUAACUACUUCAAUUGCAAACGAACAUGCUAAAAAGUAUGGUGAAAAUGUUCAAUCAAAACCUCCUUCAAAUUUACUCAAGAAACUUUUCAUUUAUUUUUUUGGUGGAUUUGGUAUUUUGUUAUUUGCCGGUGGUAUAUUGUGUAUAGUUUCUUGGAAGCCUCUAGGAAGUCCUCCAGCUGUUGCUAAUUUGAUUCUUGGUAUUGUUCUAUUGGUUGUCUUUCUUUCCCAAGCUCUUUUCAACUUUUGGCAAGAUUUUUCAAGUUCAAAAGUUAUGGAUUCUAUCUAUGAUAUGAUUCCACUCGACUCUCAUGUUAUUAGAGAUGGUCAAUCAAUAAUUAUUCCUGCUAAAGGCUUGGUUCCUGGUGAUUUGAUUUCAAUUCAAUCUGGUGAUAAAGUUCCUGCUGAUAUUAGAAUUUUCCAAAAUUCUAAUGAUUUAAUGUUGGAUAAAUCUGUUUUAACCGGUGAAUCUAAACCUUGUUUUACUCAUUCAAACCCUGAUUCAUUAUACAGCUCCAAUUAUCUCGAAAGUAAUUGUAUUGCAAUGCAAGGUACUUCUUGUGUGAGUGGAAAUGGUCUUGGUAUUGUGGUUUCCAUUGGUGAUGCAACAGUGUUUGGUCAAAUUGCUAAAAUGUCUUCCAAACCAAAGAAAGGAUUGACACCAGUUCAAAUUGAAAUCCUCAGAUUUGUUAUUUUAACUGUAAUUAUCAUUAUUUCUUUGGUGGUUUUAGUUAUUAUUCUUUGGGCUGCUUGGUUAAGAAAAGAUUAUCCUAACUGGAUUAACGUACCUACCUUGAUUGUUGACAUUGUUUCAGUUGCAGUUGCUUUUAUGCCAGAAGGGUUACCUAUUGCUUUAACAACUUGUCUUAUUAUCACAGCUGGUGCUAUGCGUAAGAAUAAAAUCUUAUGUAAAUCACUUUCGGUUGUUGAAACUUUAGGAUCAGUUAGUGUUUUAUGCUCUGAUAAAACUGGUACUUUAACAAAAAAUCAAAUGUUUGUUACCAAUGUUUAUUGCAAUAAAAAGGAAUCUGAACUUUCCGAAGAGAAGUUCGAUGAAGGUUUGGAUACUCUAUACACAGUUGCUGGUUUGUGUAAUGAUUCAACCUCUGGUUCAAACCUUUCAGGUAAUGCAACUGAUCAAGCUACUUUCAAGUUUUCGGAAGGCUUUUCCUUAAAGAAUGAGUUAUCUGCUAAAUGGUUCAAGAGAAGUGAAUUGUCAUUUAAUUCUAAGAAUAAGUUCAUGGUGAAAUUGUUAGAAGCUACAUCCCAAACUGGUUGGGAACUGAUUGGAUUGAAUGGUGACCCAAGUGAUCAUUAUUUAAUGGCUAUUAAAGGUGCUCCAGAUAUCUUAUUGAAUAAAUGUUCUUUAACAACCGAGGCUGGUAUACUCGAGCCUUUGAGUGAUGAAUAUAAACAGAAUAUUUCAUCAGUUCAAACCAACUGGGCCAAAAAUGGUAGAAGGGUUAUUCUUUUGGCUGCUAAAGUGAUUCCAAAGGAAACUUUCAGCGAGCAAAUAUUGACUGAUAGCUUGAAGUCAACUGAAAUUAUUACUGAUAUGAUGAAUGAACAAAGUCCUGAGUUAAUUUUUGUUGGUAUGAUUGGUUUAUGUGAUCCUCCAAGAGAUGGGAUUAGGGAUACUACUGAGAGUUUGAAAUCAGCUGGUAUAAAAAUUGUCAUGAUUACUGGUGAUUUUGAAUUGACUGCUGUUUCUAUCGGUAAACUGUGUGGAAUUGUCUCUGAUAACGAAGGUGUUGACAAUAUUGGAGAUUUAGAUAAACAAUAUUAUGUCGAUCAAAAAGCAAAAGAAUUGCCUAAUCUUGAAAACGAGAUCGACCGUGCUAUUGCUAUAUCCGGUCAUGAUAUGAAUUUUUUGAAUGAUAAUCAAUGGGAUCAACUCACCAAUUAUAAAGAAAUAAUUUUUGCUAGAACUACCCCAGAGCAGAAAUUAAUGAUUGUUAACCAAUUCCAAAAAAGAAAACAUAUAGUAGGUAUGAUUGGUGAUGGUAUUAACGAUGCACCAUCUUUGAGAGCAGCUGAUGUUGGUAUUUCAUUAAAAGAUGGAUGUGAUAUUGCUAAAGAAGCCAGUGAUUUAGUUCUUUUAGAGUCAGUUCAUGCAAUUGUUGAAGCUUUAAAAUUUGGUAGAUUAGUCUUUGAAAAUUUGAAGAAGACUUUGGCUUAUCUUUUACCAGCUGGUACCUAUUCUGAAUUAUGGCCAAUUCUUCUUAAUGUUAUAUUUGGGUUACCUCAAGUUUUAUCAUCUUUCAACAUGAUUAUCAUUUGUUGUCUUACUGAUUGUUUAGGUGCUAUAACAUUAGCCUUUGAACCCAGUGAAAAGAACUUGCUAUUUAAAAAACCUCGUAUUUUAUCAAAGGAAAGGUUGGUUGAUUAUAGAUUGAUCUUGCAUUCUUACUUUAUUGUGGGGACAUUCUAUACAUUCACAUCAAUGUUGGUUGCAUUUUUAAACUUUCAAAGACAUGGUAUCCCAUUCAGUAAACUUACAUUAUCUUACGGUGCCACAGAUAACUUGCCAAACUUUGAAGAUAUCAGUUCCAUGUCUUCAUCAAUCUACUUCGUCAACUUGGUUAUAAUGCAAUUCUUCAACUUACUUUCUAUAAGAACGAGAUACUUGAGUAUUUUCCAACAAAAUCCGUUCAAAAACCAUUAUAUGUUUAUGGCAAUACCCGCUGCUUUAGGUAUCACUUUCAUCAUAAACUACAUACCUGCAAUUCAAAAAAAUUUGAGUACCGGCCAGGUUCCAGUUGAGUAUUACUUCAUAGCAGUGGGGUUUGGCUGCAUCGUCUUCUUAUACGACGAAUUGAGAAAGAUGUAUGUUAGAAAACACCCUCAAUCAUUUGUUGCCAAACUUUCAUGGUAAUCUAGUACCAUAUCGUGUAUAAGUAGUUAUUUAUUUAGUAUAUAUUUUAAAAGAUACAAUUUUUUUUUGAA